CCCUCCAGCUCAGUUGGAGAAGACAUGCCAGAGGAGAAGGACAUCUCCCACCCACUGCUGGAGUUUGGACCCAAUGGCAGCUGCUACAGCGCCUGAGACCUGAAGGGACUGCCAGUUGCUGGAGAUGCCAAGCAGCUGUUGGAGCUGCCUUUAGCCAUUCACCUCGGCGAGAUGAACGAUGACCCCCAGGACUGGGGAGAAGAAACCAAGAGUAGGAAGACCUGGAAUUGUCUAUCAGGCAUGCUGAGAAAACUGAGGAUGUAUGAAGAAACUCACAGGAUUUCAAUGAUUUCUGGCAAAAGUUACUUCUGUGAUAAGGUCUUCCAGAGGGAGAACCAAUUGGAUACUAGACUAACACAAAAAAUAGUAACCAGACUCCAAUGACCUGUUUAACCCUGACUGUGAGGGAUGAAAAGCAGCAGCCUUCUUGUAUGGGACAGUGCUUCAGUAGUCUUGGUAAUGCACAGAUAAGAUGGCUGAACAAAGGCAACGGGCUUUAUCCACAUCAGGAGAAGCAUUAUAUGAAAUUCUGGCUCUGGAGAAGGGGGCAACACAUGAAGAAAUUAAGAAAUCUUACAGAAAAUUGGCUCUGAAAUAUCAUCCUGACAAGAAUCCCGACAAUCCAGAGGCUGCUGAAAAAUUUAAAGAGCUCAACAAUGCUCAUGCGAUACUGACUGACCUGUCCAAGAGAAACAUAUAUGAUAAGUAUGGAUCAUUAGGGCUAUAUGUGGCGGAACAAUUUGGAGAAGAAAAUGUUAAUGCAUACUUCAUGCUUUCAAGCUGGUGGGCAAAGGCCCUGUUUGCAGUUUGUGGCCUCUUGACAGGCUGCUACUUUUGCUGCUGCCUGUGCUGCUGUUUCAAUGGCUGUUGUGGACAGUGUAAACCCAAGCCACCAGGAGGGGAAGAACAUGAGUUCUGCAUGUCUCCUGAGGAUUUGGAAGAGCAGAUUAAGACAGACAUGGAACAAGAUGGAGAAACUCCAAUCAUACUUCAGCCGACAAAUGCAAAUGAGAAAACUCAACUAAUCGGAGAUGGCCAUCGCAGCUAUCACACAGACUCAUAAAGCAAGAGCAAGUACAGUCUGAUUGCAGUUUGCUCUCUAAGUAGGAAUGUCACAAAGAGGGUUCAGAAAAGCUAAUUGAAAAGCACUGCAUUUUUUUUCCAUAUUUGUAUUUGAUUUUUAAGUUAGGCAAAGAUAACUUGAAUGUAAUUUCCUGUGGAUGCAGACUCUUUAACUCACGGGGCCUUCAAAAUGAACAGUCCCAUCCUCUGUGUUCUGCACUGAGAUACUUACCGUUAGCAUACUGUUAUACUGAUUAGCAUAUUGCCCUUGAAGGGGGUUAAUACUUUUGAGCUCAAGCUAUCCCUUCAAUACAAUAAUAUUCCUCUCUCUCAUCUCCCCUUAAAUGAAGCUCCCUUUCCUCACCUAAGCAAGGACUUUCCCUGAUUAGGGCUUUGAGUCCACUCAAGAAGGCACCAGUUCUGUCAUUGUCUGACAAUGUGAUGUUCUUAGUUUGCCACCCAGUUUUAGGGUAGAGACUGCAUUUAUAAUGCUAUUGCUUCCUUUGAGGAAACGAUGGAAGUGUUUUCAAUAGACAGCAAAGGAACGGUAGGUAUCAGGAAGGGUCUGACUUUGCAAAGAGGGAGUUUUCCCUGACAGCACUAAUCUGCUUAGUAGACUGAAGCUUGCUGGGAAUGGGACCAGAGCAGUAAAGAAGCUGAGUCAAUUGCUUGGCACAGGGCAUGAAUCCAUCACCCAAGAGCUUAACAGUCAGAAGGCAGUUCAACCUAAACCCAGGAGACUAAUCUCCUAAUUGAAAUGCACAUGAUCUCUGUGUCUUGAUUCUGCGCAUGUGCAUUACAGCACCUGCACGCGAGCAGAAGCAGGAGACCGGCAGGAAAAUACCACACAGAUGUGGAUGGUUGAUGCUCCCUAUUUGCCAGUUGUAAGACUUGGCAGCUGCAUUUCUCCUUCUUCUUGGACUGAUCAAUCUGAGACACAUAUCAAAGUUCUGUUGUUGUUUUUUUUAAUUGGGAGUAUGCCUGUGACCUCAUGCAACCCUUGGCUCCUCCACCUCCCUACCUUUCGGCUCCCUAACUCCUUUGGGAUAGAAUGGAAGAUGACCCUCAGCCGAGUCAACAGACAAUUGCCUGCCUACUUAUUCCCCUUACUGAUGGCUUUGUACUUGUUCUUUCCCAACUGUCCUACUGACAUGCAAAAAAUGGGCUGAGGGGUGGGGUCAGGAAUUGACAGGAAGAGAAGGAGGCAAUCAUGCUGAAAGGGCAGGAGGUAGCUUCCUGGCAGAGGGAGGCAGAACAAGAUAGGACUUGCUUCUCUUAACAAUCUUGCCCUGAUCCAGUGACCAUUUCCCCCACCCUCUGCUUUGCUACAAGUCUAUAAUACAUGUAUUGCACUUCAAAUUAUAUAAUAAUUACCCAAUCAGGUUUAAAUUGUAUUCCAGAAGCAGGCUCUCUUUGCUUUGUUUAACCAGCACACUGUUGUAAGAUAUUUCCAGCCCUGAUUCCAUGGUACUGACACGUCUUAGACAUGUAAACCAUUCUGUAUAGACAAU